AGCAGCACGGCUCUUCAGAAGACUCUGUUUUGUGGUUUUGCUUUGAAAAAAUGUACGCACUGGGUUUCUUGAUAUUUAGCAAAAUGCUCAGACAGCUUCCAUGUUUGCAAAAAGGCACAGGCUGCGCGUAGCAGCUCUUUCAUAUGGCAAAGCUAAGCUUUCAUGGCAAAGCUUAGCUUUCAAUGGCCCGCGGCUUUUUACCGGCUUGUUUUGUGUUCGCUGCUUUUGGGUAUACUGCCUGGUGCAGCCAACGGCGACACCGACGACAGCUACUAUGAUGUGGAGCUUGGGGAAUGUGCAUUCAAGGCGUUUGCCAGCGAUUCAUUCAGAUGUGGUGGGGCCGUAUUAAGGGAAACGAUUACAAGAUGUGUGGUCGUCGCGGAGAACAGCACACCUCCUGCGUUGCGCAUGAUUGCACCGGACGUUCCCUUCGCACACAUUUUGGUUGACGCGAGCCUUUCGUUUACAAGGAAUGCUGGUCUGCCCAACAUCAGCUGGAGCUUGCCGUCAACUCUUGAGGUGGCCGAAGCCAUGACUUCCGAUUUAUUGGGUAACCGUAUACACCACGCCUAUGUGUUGCCCUCCAAUGCCAUAGGCGACAUGACAGCUGUCUUUGGCAUAGCACAGGAUCUGAGCGAGCUGACAGCUAUAGACAACGACCUGGAUUGGUUGGGCCUCCUGCCCUUGUAUAGAGACGUCCUUGCGGUUUACGAUGGAGCGGUUCGAGCAAUACCAACCCAGGGCACUAUGGCACAGCUUUACUUCAGACGGGACUUGUUGGCUGCAGAGGGCCUGCAGCCACCUAGGACCUGGGCGGAGGUUGUAUCAUACGCAACCAAGUUUAACGGUACGGACUUGAACGACGAUGGGGUUGCGGAUUACGGCAUAUGCAUGUGGCGCGAUACGUGCGGCGGGAUGCCUAUUCCUUUAGUCGCAAUCUUGGCAUCUCUGGCGCAAAGCAAGGGUCGACACUCGGGCUUGUUUUUUGAGCCGGAAAGCAUGCGCUGUGUGGUGGAUACUGUGGCUUGGGACGCGACGCUGCGGCUAGCACGCACGCUGACAAGCUUAGCAGCGCCCAUUUCAGCAGAGCCGCCUUCUUACACGCGGCCUUGCUUUUCGCAUCCAUUGUUCAGCGAGGGACGCUGUGCAAUGGCGUUAGCACUGGCGGGGCAGUUCAAAUCGGACAGCUGGCCGAACAACACCGGGUCCUACGUGCGGGGCCGCAUAGGCACAAGCACGUUGCCCGGCUCGGAGGUUGUCCUUGACUGGCAGCAGGACACGUUGGUCCAGUGCGACCCCGACGUGUGCCCCUACGCCACGCGUGAAAGCGUUUCCUGCAGCAGUAGCAGCGGCAGUGACAAGUUGCUGGCGAAUUCAAGUACAUCGCAGCGGCGGCGGUUGCGGGCGGGGCGUCGGGACCUGUUGCAGUCGGACCAGGCAGCCGUUGUCAACAUCAGCAGUGGCAGCAGCAGCAGCCCUCCACCCGCAGUCACCGGAGCCGCAGAGGCCUUCAUUUGGGUCAACCGCGCACCGUACGCCACCAGCGGCGGCCAGUCCAUCUUCAUCUCAAAGCUGAAGACUGUCCCCCAGCGCCUCGCCGCAUACACCGUAGCUGUGCUCAUGGUGCGGGAUGCCGGCAACUGGCCGCUGGUGGCUGGGCCUGGCACGGAGUUUGGUCCCACACGGCAGGAGCACCUGGACGCAGUCAGCAAGUGGGCGGAAUACGGGUACCAUCCGCAGGACCUGGCGGGUUUCCUAUCUGCAGCUAGGGAGUCCCUGGCGUCAGGCAACGUGGCCAUAGACUUGCGAGCGGCGGGCUUCUCGGUACUUAAGGACCUGUUGAGUGAUGCCGCAAUGAUGGUCGUCAACACGUCUAUGUCCAUAGACGACGUCAUUGCCCUCACGAGGCAACAAUUCGCCGAGCGGCUAAAUAACAGUGCCGAAGCGGCUCUGCUCCGAUCUUCAUACAAAGCUUCAAUCAAUUUCCGCACGCCCAAAUCUCCACCACCCCCGUAUGUGGCGCCGGCACCUGCAAGCGGGCAAUCUCAACGAAAUGUAGCGAUACAUGCUUUGGCAGCAUCUCUUGCGGGAGCGACCACACUGUCUGUAGUCCUCGUUUGUGUGGUGUGGCAGCUGCGAUCAACGCGGCGGCUGCGGUAUCGUUUCGGCCGCAUCACCGCACCGGGUGCCGGGCUGGCCACCACCAUUUGUAUCACGGACAUUGAAGGAAGCACGAGGCUCUGGGAGACGCUGCCAGGGGAUGUCAUGUCCCAGGCAAUUCAGCUCCACAACCAGUGUAUCCGCCACUGCGCCACCGCGAAUAAUGGCUACGAAUCGGCUUGGGAGGGUGACUCGGUGAUUUUGGGCUUUCAUUGCGCGGAAGACGCUGUGGCGUUCAGCGUCUGCGUGCAGGAGAGACUGCUUUGGCUGCCAUGGCCCGAGCAGCUUCUCGAGGUGGACGAGUGCCGCCCCAUGUGGCUCGCCAAAGCCCCCGAAGCGGCCCAGCCGCCCAGGACGGCCCCGCAAAGCGCAGUGCGGCCACCAAGCACAGCCGAGGACCGGCGGGUCAGUUGGUCCUCCACCGCCGCGACGCAGCUCGAGCCUAGACCCACGAUCGGAGCGGAACACGUCCGCGCGGCCGCGAGGGCCCUGCUGCCCGGAUUCGCCCGGCGGGCGCGGGCAGCGUCUGCGCUGUGGACGGGCUUGACUUCCUCCGGGGCCUUUGGCGGUAGCGCGCCGUAUCCUUCACGGUUCUCGGGCACGGCUGCUGGGCCGGCUCGCACCGAGAUGGGCCUUGUCACCCGGAGGUCCAGUGUGUUGGGCACGGCUGCCAUGCGCUUUGCUGUGGGUGCUGACGGCGGUGAUUCCGGCUUGCUGCCUGCUGCCAAGCCGCGUCUGGUGUCAAGAGCGUACCAGCAGCUGGCUGUUGCCAUCCGCCGACGCCCCUCGCGGAUCCUGACGGCUACACAGCUUGGAGCGGCAGGCGACGGCAGCCCCAGAGCUCGCGGCGGCUCUACCACUUCCGGGCUCGAGUCCCCAGCUGAAGGCUCCUGCCACAAGUCCACCUCCCCCGACUCGCCCACGGUGCACAGCCGCCCGCAAAGCCACGCCCUGAGCUUCAUCGACGCCUCAAACUUUGGCAGCAUCGGUGCCUCUGACCCUCGGAGCGAGCCUAGAAGGAGGCCCUCCCAGCGCUAUCCGGGGCAUGGUUGUGGCGCCGGUCUCGCGCUUCUUGUGUCGUCCCUUCGGCACAAGGCUAGUUCCUUGCCCCAGGGCCAGAGCGACGCCGGGGAAACUACCGGCAGUGGAGCAGCCGUAGGCCAGGAGGUGUUGUUUGCCGGGAAUGCGCGAUCGCCAAGGAGCACAGUGAGGGAACUGUACUGCGACACCUGUAGCUUCUCGGGGCCGGAUGCGAAGGCUGAGGACUCGGCUGCUGAACCACAAAUGGGGCCAGCCGUACCAUCGAGGCGGAGCGGCGGCGGCUGUGCGGAUGAUGGGCUCACCGGCGCGUCUGCAUCAUCGGGACUGCCAGCGUCAUCUGGCCGACGCGGCAGGAGCAAUCCCUGUCCGAAGCAGCUGCAUGAUGUCCCCUCCUCGCUGGCACCUCCAGAUGUGGCAUCCGUGGAAGGUGCGGAGGAUGAAGGGACGUCUGGUAUAACUAGUGCCACAGCAGCCAGUCAGCGGCCAGGGGACACGUGCGGAAGUGCACUGCCGCGGGGGCCGACACGCGCGGCCAGGAGCUGUCCUAACCUUAUCAAGGGACAUCGCAACGCGGUUCUGACGAAAGCCGCGAGCGGAGCGAGAUUGGUGCUUUGCGGGCUGCGCAUACGUAUAGGCUGCCACAGCGGUGUGCACGCGGCCGUGGACGUGGUGCACAACCGCGCGUCUGCUCGCGUGACGUACACGGGAGUUCCCAUGGCCAAGGCGCGAGCAGUCAUCAGCGCAGCCCCUGGCGGCAUGGUACUUGUGUCAGCCAGCACGCAUGCACUCGUCACGAAAACGGCUGGCAGCCAAGCGACAUGCGUCGUCCUGCCGAACAAGUACAGCAGGAAUCUCAGUGGCGGCGCCCCAGGGAUCCUCUUCUGGCAUGCCGGCGUUCACCAUCUUGACGAGCAUCUCAGUCAGCCGCUCGAGGUCUUCAAGGUCUCCACACCGUCAUUAGCGCCGCGCUGGGCUCUGCUGCAGGAGCCCGGUCCAGCCGACAAGGCUCGCACCGUGUCUCAAGGCGUUGCAGCAGCACCUGUGGGGCAUGUCUUCAUGUCGGCUGUCGCAGUGUCGGGCGGCGCCGCAAUCGCCGCCUGGAACAUCGGCCUCUGGCGGGAAAGCACCGGACUGCUGUGGCGUGAGGCCGCCAGCUUGUGCACUCUGCAUGGCGGCUUCCUCGCAACCACUCGAGCCGGUGUGGGGGCGGUACCCAGCCAGCCAAAUCGGACAGGCGCUUCUGGGGGCCGCAGCGUGGAGGUACUCCUGACGGCUGCGUUCCCAGCUGCCGCAGCGGCGCUGCGCUGGGCCGCCAGCCUCAUUGCUCACGGCUUGCUGGCUGACUGGCCGGCGGCGCUGUUGCUGCACGAGAUGGCCGAGGAGCAGCUGUGGCUGGCGCCUAUGCCCAAUCGCCGGGAGCCGCGGCAGCCUCCUCAUGGGAUGACGCAUGAGAGUGGCGGUGCGGUGCUAGGGGCCCAGUCGGCAGUUGGCGUCCAACAUGGGUCGGUCGGGUCGGUCCUGCCGCCGGUUGCUGGGUCGCACCAGCCCUCAUUGCCGCACCUACGCGCAUCGCGUACGAGCAGUGGCGGGCAGGAGGCGUCAGCAGGGGCUGCGCAGGGCUUCAAUGGAGACCAGGUGACGCCAAGGCUGCGCACCCGUUUGGGCAGCUCUCCUGCCCUAACAUUGCUUAACGAGGUGCGGCCGCAAGCAACGCUGCGGACAAAGCCUGGGACCGACCCAGGUGAAGAAUCCACGCUAUCGACCUUGACGGUUGACCCCGCCAGCGGAGCCGGCGCUGCUGUUGGUUUCCUACCCGCGCCUGAGGGUACUUGGCUGCCAGCCGACGCGCUUGCAAAAGCUAAGUCGGUGGGUCCGGAGCCAGCAGCUGAAGCCGCCCCGCUGCCAGCCGAGAAAUCAGUGCCCAGCACCCGACUUCAAGUACUUCUAGCGGACUGUGCUUCGCAGGGGAGGACAGCCCCCAAACCGCCGCAUUGUUCUCCGUUUGCUGUAGAUUCAUCGGCCGAAGCACAAAAGACUCUACAGCGCCCACCGCCGUUGGCCCAGGCGGUAAACUUGGGACGAGGCGCACGUCCCAUACUGGCGAACCUCCCAUUGCUGGGUAGCUCUACUGUACCGCAAAUUGAGUUCCUCACGGUUAGCCACGUUUCCUCCUCGCGUGGACCGUUGUUGCCCAUGCGUGUGCCAGUGCGGGACGUGGUUUGCCUGCCAGGUCACGACGCGCGCCUGCAGCAGGUGCUGUCGCUGCCGAGUGAUUGCUCCACCUACGGGGCUUUCCCAACUCCGUCACAGCCCCCGGGGUUGGAGAGCGGCGGCAACGGUUACAACGAAAGCACGCAGUCUAGUAUCUGGAAUGGCUUUGCUAGUAUAGCGGCUCCAACGCACGACUGCUUCGGUCCCGUGGUGCGCCGCCCGGGUUUGGCAGCCUCACAUGGCGAGCCGGGGUUACUACCGCUGUCAGAUGACACAGCCAGCGGUGGAGUGCCAUGCGCCAUGAGAGCGUUACAGCAGCCUGGGGGGGCGUCGGCUGGCUCGGCUCCGGGUGCAGCAUCCGAGGAAGCGACCCCCUCCGCCGCGCCUAAAAGCCGCGUGCCUUUCUUGCUGGGCACCGCCGUCAGGCCCACUGCCGUUCAGGUCCCUGCAGGAAACCUGGCAGGCGGGGCGGUGCAAUGUAACACGGACCAGGUGGCACGUCUGUUCGCUGCGCGGCAUAUCCAGGGGGGCACAGGCGACGGCGAGGGAGGCAACGACGUUGGUGACGGCCAGGAAGAAAAGGAGGCUGGGUCGCCAAGGUCCACGCUGCCCACUGCGCUUCUGGACCGGCUGAUUGCGCGGGGGCUGCGCCUGCGUGCUGGGGUAGAGGGCGGCAUGGCCUAUGUUGAGGUCAAUUGCGUAAGUGGCGAUGCACGCUACGGCGGCCCAGCUGCGGCGGGUGCUGUUGCCCUCGCGGAGCGUGCGCCUGUGUCCCGCGUGCUCGUUAGCCCUGCGGUCAUGACCGCCGUGCGUGGAGACAGCGAUGGAGGCUGCAGUGGAAGUGCGCUUGCAGACCUACACCCAUCCGUCGCGGCGCGGAUUAGCAUUGCCGCACGGCCGUGUUAGGACUAUGGGCGCGUUGAAUAUCGCGGCGUCGACAUUGGCUGAGAUUUUGUAUACCUGUGAUACGUUUUGUGUGCUUGCUCCCACUUGUCUGGCUUUCGAACUGUGUUGACGGUGGAUUGGGCAGGUGGUCGGGUUGAGCUGGAGCGCUUGCAGUGCCUUCUUCAUUGCAAUAUACUUGGUCCCUGUCAGCUGUGUCGGAAACAUGAUGAGUUGCAAUGAUGGACGUAUUCUUUCCCAAGGGUGUACGAUGGGCGGGGUACGCUGCUGCUGGCGCGCCUUGUUUCUUGGUGGAAUGCCGGGCUCCUUCCACAGUUGCCUGCGGUGUCCACCCAUGAUAGCCUUGAUGAUGAUAACACUUGGGUGUCCUGUACACUUUAAUUACAUUGCCUACAUGGGUCGCACCUUGAACAUCACAAACGAGUUGACGUUCUGUUGUGCAUUACGUACACCACUAUAUUUAGAGCUGAUUCUUUGUGUGCCGUAUUCUGUUGCUAGGGACUGCAAAUCUAUGCGCUCCUGUUUGGUCGAAGGGGGCUGUGCUGUAGCACUUGGCGCAAACUUGGAUUGCGUAUACUUGCUGGGUGAACACAACGUCCCGUUGGUUUGGUUAAACAGGAAAGCGCAACAGAAGGGACGUGUUUGCCAAAUUAAGUAUGUAUCGGCUAUAGUGUGCUAGCGACAUCACGAAAUCGUCCCCUUAGGAUGGGCUGACAUCUGUUACGUGUGUUAAGAAUGUGUGUCACUGCUGUCAGAGGGAUUCGGAAACACGUGUGGUAUGAAUUGGGUACGCAUGCUGAAGCAGAUGUCCCAAACCUGUGAAUGCGUGCCCUCAUCCAAAUGAUGGGGAAAUGGAGCAUAUGAGCAUUCCAACAAAACAUGGUCUUGUGGGGCAUGAUGUCGGUUGUUAUAGGUGAUCCCGGUGUGCAAAGUAUCGGUAGUGACAACCGGGUAUGAAGUCGUUUCAAUGGUGGCCGGUAUGGCUUCGCUUUAUCGUGACCAGCCUUCUGGAUGAGGAGGGGCGUGGGAGUGUUAUUGAUGGCAUGGGCAUUUUGCGUGUGCUGCGGCUAGGUCUGCGAGGGCUGCUGCUUCCUGCGGCGAGCGCUGUUUGGCAAUUGCGGCUGCUGCUUAGGGGUGUAGCAACGUGCGACAUUACAGGUGCGGGCAUACGGCCUGAAACGCCGGGGACUUGUGUUGCAGAGGCUCCCCUUUGGGUGAACGCAAAGACGUGGGUCACUGUUGGAGUGAAUAUGUGGUCAUGGCUACGUUGACUUGGAGCUACGUUGAAUUGGAUGAGUUUAGCGGUCAGUUCGUGAGAUCCUUAUGCCUUGGGCUCGUAGCCAUACAAGGCUGUGAACUGUCGGAUUCCCACGGGGAAGUGGAGAUUUGGAUCACACGUUUGCCAGCUCCUGACUUGCAAAGACUCCUGACAAGACGCUGCCCAGAUAGCAACAAGGCAGGCAGUAGCAAACGGUAGCGCUGUUGCUUUUUUGCAACCUCACAUGGU